AUGGCAUCGCAGUGGCGUCUUGUCGCCGUCGUGGCGCUACUCGCGAUACUCCCGCUCGCCCUCGCCGACUCGCGAGUGGACGAGCUGCGGGAGCUCCGGCGGAGCGCCAAGGACGGCGUGAUCCGCAUCACGGAGGAGCGCUUCGCGGCGUACAUCAAGGCGGCGGAGGCGCGGCCGUACGGCGUGCUGCUGUUCUUCGACGCCGCCAAGCUGCACGACAACGCCGACCUCAAGCUGCCCGCGCUGCGCCGCGAGUUCGCGCUGCUCGCUAAGGCGUACGCCAGCAAGUUCCUGGCGGAGGGCGCGUUGCCGCGCGACGAGGUGUUCUUCUGCGACGUGGAGUACGGGCAGGCGGAGAAGGUCUUCCACGCGCUCGCCGUGAACGGGCUGCCCGCCACGCGCUUCUUCCCCGCGGGCACCAAGUCCACGCGCGGCCACGACAUGGACUUCCAGUCCGCGCCCGCCACGGCCGACGGCUUCGCCAAGUUCCUGCAGGCGGCGGGGGGCGUGGACGUGGGGCCCAUCGACCGCCCGCCCAAGUUCUCCCCCGCGCAGAUCAUCGCUGCCGCCGCCCUCGCUGUCAUCGCCGCGCCCUUCGUCCUGCUCUUGCUGGUGACGACGCGCACGCCGCUGCACGAGGCGGCGACGUGGUGCGUGGUGGGCGUGGGCGUGUACUUCUUUUCGGUGUCGGGCGGCAUGUUCAACAUCAUCCGCGGCAUGCCCCUCUUCGUGCCCGACCACCAGCGCCCCGGCCGCUUCACCUACUUCUACGGCGGCAGCGGCGCGCAGUUUGGCGCGGAGGGCUUCACCAUCGGCGCGCUCUACACCACCGUGGGGCUGCUCGUCGCCUUCGCCACGCACGUGGCGCCGCGCAUGCGCAGCGCGUGGAUGCAGCGCGCACUGCUGUUCAUCGCCAUGGGCGUGGCGGCGGCGUCGGUGCGGCAGGUGGUGCAGCUGGACCACGCGAAGCAGGGCUACUGGGUGCACGGCUUCUGGCCCAAGGCUGUAGUGGUGAGGGCUGUAGUGGUGAGGGCUGCACUGGUACGGGCUGUAGUGGUGAGGGCUGUAGUGGUGAGGGCUGUAGUGGUGAGGGCUGUAGUGGUGAGGGCUGUAGUGGUGAGGGCUGUAGUGGUGAGGGCUGUAGUGGUGAGGGCUGUAGUGGUGAGGGCUGUAGUGGUGAGGGCUGUAGUGGUGAGGGCUGUAGUGGUGAGGGCUGUAGUGGUGAGGGCUGUAGUGGUGAGGGCUGUAGUGGUGAGGGCUGUAGUGGUGAGGGCUGUAGUGGUGAGGGCUGUAGUGGUGAGUGCUGUAGUGGUGAGGGCUGUAGUGGUGAGGGCUGUAGUGGUGAGGGCUGUAGUGGUGAAGGCUGUAGUGGUGAGUGCUGUAGUGGUGAGGGCUGUAGUGGUGAGGGCUGUAGUGGUGAGGGCUGUAGUGGUGAGGGCUGUAGUGGUGAGGGCUGUAGUGGUGAGUGCUGUAGUGGUGAGGGCUGUAGUGGUGAGGGCUGUAGUGGUGAGGGCUGUAGUGGUGAGGGCUGUAGUGGUGAGUGCUGUAGUGGUGAGGGCUGUAGUGGUGAGGGCUGUAGUGGUGAGGGCUGUAGUGGUGAGUGCUGUAGUGGUGAGGGCUGUAGUGGUGAGGGCUGUAGUGGUGAGGGCUGUAGUGGUGAGGGCUGUAGUGGUGAGGGCUGUAGUGGUGAGGGCUGUAGUGGUGAGGGCUGUAGUGGUGAGUGCUGUAGUGGUGAGGGCUGUAGUGGUGAGGGCUGUAGUGGUGAGGGCUGUAGUGGUGAGGGCUGUAGUGGUGAGGGCUGUAGUGGUGAGGGCUGUAGUGGUGAGGGCUGUAGUGGUGAGGGCUGUAGUGGUGAGGGCUGUAGUGGUGAGGGCUGUAGUGGUGAGGGCUGUAGUGGUGAGUGCUGUAGUGGUGAGGGCUGUAGUGGUGAGGGCUGUAGUGGUGAGGGCUGUAGUGGUGAGGGCUGUAGUGGUGAGGGCUGUAGUGGUGAGGGCUGUAGUGGUGAGGGCUGUAGUGGUGAGGGCUGUAGUGGUGAGGGCUGUAGUGGUGAGUGUAGUGGUGAGGGCUGUAGUGGUGAGGGCUGUAGUGGUGAGGGCUGUAGUGGUGAGGGCUGUAGUGGUGAGUGUAGUGGUGAGGGCUGUAGUGGUGAGGGCUGUAGUGGUGAGGGCUGUAGUGGUGAGGGCUGUAGUGGUGAGGGCUGUAGUGGUGAGGGCUGUAGUGGUGAGGGCUGUAGUGGUGAGGGCUGUAGUGGUGAGGGCUGUAGUGGUGAGGCGGUGGUGA